AUGAAAACAACAACAACAACCUCGCCUUCCACAUUUCCCCUCUUCUCUAGGCUCGCUGUUGAGUUACGUACUGAAAUAUGGAAAGAGUCUCUUCCCUCCGAAUUCCCUCCAGCACUCUACUUCUACAAAAGAGGAUGUUGGCAACCCCGAAUCUUCACCGAAUCUGAUCCAGGCUACUGCGACGAAGUCAGUGAAAAAUUCAGCACUAAAGAUCUGAACAGAAACUUCGAAUUCCGCUACGAUCUUCUUGAUAAUAUUCUCGUCCCAACACCUCUCUUAUUUGUGAAUCAUGAGGCUCGCAAGAUCACCCUCACCUGGGCACACAGUCAUGGUAUCGAAAUAUACGGAGAUCCCACUUUCCCACGCUUGUCUCUUCCUUUCAAUCCCCUUCGGGAUAUACUCUAUGUAUCUCCUGAUAAAUUGGAUGAUCUUUUCAUUGAACCUCAUGAUCGAUCUUCCGAGGCAGAUAUGAUUAAUUUGACUCAUGGAACGUUCAAUGGAGUCAAGCGUCUUGCUGUGCCAGAAUCGAUGCUUGGAGUUUACUUCCCCAUGGCCACCUUUGACGGAUUAUCUGAUUAUUAUAACUUUGAAGCAAUUUAUGUCAUUAUCAAUAGGCCACCGGGAUUACGUUCUGUUGAUAAUGAUUUUCAUGUGCAGUCGCGGUGGGAGUGUGAAGACUUGCCAUCAUGUACCUUUGUUUUCGACAGCAAAAGGUCGGUCUUUGAACUUAACGAUAACGAGGACAAUGAGGGUGAUCAGCUAUACCUUUGGACUCAGGAAGCUGAGGAAUAUUUGACACCUGAAUUUAUCACCAACUCGCCUUCAGUUCGUGAGAUUCAACUUGUUGAGGCUGUCAAGGGUUAA